ACGUAACAGCGCAUGCGCACCGCAGCCACAGUCAUUUGGCGACGUGUAUUGAGUCUUUGUGUGAAAGUGUUCGCCUCCGCCGGGAGGGAAUAAUUCAGUCAAGACUCUUAAAAACUCCCUGAACAGUCGAACCAUGGGAGGUGCGCAGAGCGUGGAGAUACCGGGAGGAGGCUCGGAGGGCUACCACGUCCUGCGGGUCCAAGAGAACUCACCUGGACAUCGGGCAGGCCUGGAACCGUUCUUUGACUUCAUCGUCUCCAUCAACAACACCAGACUGAACAAGGACAACGACACAUUGAAGGACCUGCUCAAAGCCAGCGUGGAAAAACCAGUUAAGAUGCUGGUCUACUCAUCCAAGACUCUGGAGCUGCGUGAGACCACGGUGACUCCCAGCAACUUGUGGGGGGGCCAAGGCUUGCUCGGCGUCUCGAUUCGCUUCUGCAGCUUUGAAGGAGCCAAUGAAAAUGUUUGGCAUGUGCUGGAAGUGGAGCCAAACUCCCCUGCGGCCCUCGCUGGUCUGCGGCCUCACACAGACUACAUCAUUGGAGCUGACACCGUCAUGAAUGAGUCAGAGGACUUAUUCUCUCUGAUAGAGAGCCACGAGGGAAAGGGCCUGAAGCUCUACGUGUACAACACAGACACCGACAACUGCAGGGAAGUGGUCAUCACGCCCAACAAUGCCUGGGGGGGGGACGGCAGCUUUGGAUGUGGGAUUGGCUAUGGAUACCUCCACAGAAUUCCCACCCGACCUUUUGAAGAGGGGAAGAAGAUCAGCUUCUCUGCAAACUCCUCCAGUGAACCUGUCAUUCCGCUCAAGGAUGGAUUUACUGAGGUCCAGCUUUCAGCUGUCAUUCCCCCUCCUCCUGCACCCGCGGUCUCUGGCCUCGAAGAUUCACUGUCCGGUCUGUCAAUCAGCUCGGCCCUGCCCCCCAUGCCCAGUGAGCUGCAGACAGGCCUGCCCACAGUCCCUCUCUUGCCCUCCUCCAGCCCCACCUUCACCUCUAUCGCUUCACUGAAUCCUGCCGCCGCCACCUUCAGUCCAGCCUCAACAGUACCAGGACUGAUGCCCCUUUCCGGUGGAUUACCCCCUCUCCCUAACCUUCCCAAUCUGAACCUGCCUCUGCCGGACCUGGGCUCCAGUUCUGUUCCAGCUGCUGCAGCAGGAACAACAGUCCCGCCUCUGGUGUCUCUGCCCCCCCUGAAUAUACCGGGUCUGACCCCAUUCCCCCCUCUGUCCACCAUGCUGCCCUCACAGUUUCCUCCACUGCUUUCUCAUGGUGUGGCCCCCCUCGCCCCCUCCUCCACCCCACCUCCAGCCUCUGUCACGGUCACGGCGGCACCUGUGACCAACACUGCUGUCUUUGCUGUACCCCCCACGGAAGCAGGCUCCAGGAAGGACACAGAACCAUCUGUUCCCACGGAAACAACACUAAUGUCGUCAUAACGAGGGGGAAGACGACACCCCCCACCCCCCAAGCUGGUUUCUCUCUUUCUCCAAUCUGUCUUUCAAUGUUUUUCUAUUUAUUUGGCCAGGAGAGAUCAGGUGGACAGACGCACCAAUCAGACACUUUUCUGGUGAGGGGGAGGACAUUUCUGACCAGUCUGUUUUAGCAGAAGAACCAGGAGCGCUGCAGCCCUUCUCAGCUACUGUAGAAAUAAAGACCAGGUCCAGUCUUGGGAUUGUUGGUAGAACCUUCUUUGAACUUUCCCUUUUCUGACUGGGCCUUUUUGCUUUUUUUAUACAUGUCUUACCGUUGUAUGAUAAACAGAUUUACUGAAGAAGGACAAAGACGACGCUGCUCUGCUGUAGAUCUAAACGUGACUGUAAACGUAAAUCAGGUCCUGUGGUCCAGCCUCUCCGUGUAACCUUUUAUUAAUGGUUAGAACUCUGAUGCAUAAUUCCUUUUUGUUCAAGUUUCAGUGAAUGAAUCUGCAUUAUUUUGCACCUUUUAGUUUGUUUUGUUUUGCUCUUCCCCGUGUAUCUGAGGCCCUUGCACCACUCUUACUCCACGCUGAAGGCCUCCUCUGAGGAGGCAGACAAGAAGCGGAGCUUGAGCUGUGGGUGUGCUUGAUGUUGGGUUACCUGGUAUUUAAUGGGUUGUUGUUGGAAAAGUCAGAGCUGAUUAGCUGGCAGAGUUGCAGGAAAUCCACAAAGUGUCUGUAAAAACUGGAUGUGCAGCACGAGCAAUAAA